CCGGUCGAAUUUCGUGUUAACGAGUUAUCAUAAGACAUUGACGCCUAAUCACCUCAAACAGGGGGAGGGAGUCCAGAUUAGUUAAUACGAUGAUUACGGGCAGUCUGUCCCUAUGCGUCGUCCGUACGUUGCCCAAAUACUGGUGUCGUAACAUAAAAGUUUAAUGAAAAUUAUCCGUAGUCAUCGUAAGGAUCUAUUUGAAGCAUAGUCGUAAGCUCGAGGAAGCUUUUAUAGUGAUAAUGAAGGGUUUAUUGUCGAUCAUUUUUCUGACUCUCAUCUGCAUCUCAGUAAUGGCAUUGCCACAGAUGUCUGAUAAUCAGUUAGAGAAAAUUUUAACUGACCGAGGAACUAUGCAGCGGCACAUUAAAUGUGCUCUAGGAGAGGGGCCAUGUGACCCCGUGGGUAUAAGACUCAGAACGUUGGCCCCUCUAGUGUUGCGCGGCUCAUGUCGUCAAUGUUCUUUGCAAGAGACGCGUCAGAUUCGACGUACACUUGCCUACGUCCAGAGAAACUAUCCGUGGGAAUGGGCAAAAAUUUUAACAUACAUUCUGGUAUUGUGUGCUAUGAUGGCAGUGUGUGCUACACAGAGCCAGAGGCCACAAGUAUCAGACACAGCUUUGGAGGACGCCCUUAAUGAUAAGCGGUUCAUUCAGAGACAACUCAAAUGUGCUCUCGGAGAGGCACCGUGUGAUCCAAUUGGAAAACGAUUGAAAACUCUCGCGCCAUUAGUUCUAAGAGGAGCCUGUCCACAAUGCUCACCACAAGAAACCAAACAAAUUCAACGUACCCUCUCCUACGUGCAAAGAAAUUUUCCACAACAAUGGGCGAAGAUAGUACGUCAGUACUCCGGUUAAACAUAAAUUUUAACGUGAAGGCUAUAUAACUCAAAGAAAUAAAUGAAAAUAAGUAAAACGCCACCAAAUGGAUUAUUUCAUAUUUAUGGUGUUUGAGGGUUUCAUAAUUCUUUUAUUUUUGAUAAGUAUUCGCACCAAUUACUGAGUUCAGUUUCAGAAGAUUAAAUACUUUGUUGUUAACCUUUAAAUGACAAUGUACGUACAUUGUACCUAUUUGUGUACCUAGUAAAUUCGAGAAAGUAGGUACCUAGUGUAAAGGUUUUAUAACUGUCACCGUAUCGUUUAUACAUAUACGACCUGACAAUAUUUUUAAUGCUCUAUUAUGUAUAGUUAGUCUGUAAUAUCAACAUUAUUCUUUCAAAGAAUACUAUUUGGACGUGAGCGUACUUUAAACUAAAGUGGUAUAUUGUAAAUAUUUUCUAAAAAAAAUAAGGUAUUUAAUGAGCUUAUUUCUAAGUAAAUAUUUUAUGUAAUUAUGUAUAACUAGAUUAAAAUUUAAUCUUAAAUAUUACUUGUUCGCCCUUAAAGGGUUCCCAAAAAUAAGACUUCUUGUCUCAUAAAAGAAAAUAUAUGUAUUUUAAUUCUACAAACAGCUUCGAAUAAAUUAUUUUAAAAGUCUUCUUAAACCAAUGUACAUCAUGUAGUAGUAAUUGUAUUCUGUUGUUCAUCCUUAGAACUUCAAAGAGCGAAUCUGAAGUACCAACUAUAAUUAUUGUUUAUAAUAUAAUAAAAUU